AUGUCUGAUGCUGACUUCAAUUUCGUUUUUCCGAAUCCAGCAGCUGUGGCAAAAGAUGGCGGAUCAGCCCCUAGUAUCAUCCAUGCAGCCUGGGCGCUGCUGGUAGGCUCCCACACAGACCAGUCUACUGUUCGAUUCUCUAUCAAGGAAGAACAAGGGUCAAAAAUGCACCAUACACAGUGCGAUACAGGGCUGGUGCAGAGCCCUCGCCUGGUCGAGUAUGAGCUUGACUGGGACCAAAUCGUCUCGAACAUUGUCGAAUAUUUGGAGGGGAAAGUCUCGACACUUCCUGCACCACCCGUGGACAAUUUGAAGCUGCCAUCUAAUGUUCUCCUUGAUAAACAGAGAAUAGCUCCGUUUCAAUUCGCCUUGAUUCAUCGACUAGAUUCCACAUUUGGGUCUAACAUCGAUAAUUUCUUCUGGGAAGAGACGUUGCAGAAUGACAAUUACGCCGUCAAAGUACAAUGGCAGACGCAGGUCAAGGAGGUGGCGGUUCGAAUCCAUGUCAGGGAGGGUCUCUCUGAUGUCUUGUCAGCCGCCAGACUCGCGGCCCAAUUGGAGUACAUUCUGCAGCAAGUUUCUGACUGGCCGCUGGCAGGAAUGCGACUUGCAAACAUCCAAGCUGCGAGUAAAGAGGACAUUGAUCAGAUUUGGAUGUGGAAUUCCAAUGUCCCUGAAAAGCAUGAUGGCUGUAUUCAUGAAUUGAUUCAGGCAAGAGCGAGCAUGAGUCCGAAGGCCCCUGCUAUAUGCGCCUGGGAUGGAGACAUGUCUUAUCAGGAGCUGGACAGGUUUUCCUCGAUACUAGCAUCCAAGAUCCUUGAAUUUGGAGUCACUUUGGGUGACGCAAUUCCGAUUUGUAUUGAGAAAUCACGCUUGAUGCCCCUGGCGACUUUGGCAGUCAUGAAGGCAGGAGCUGCUUGUGUGGCAUUGGAUGUGGAUCAACCUCAAAAGCGACUCAAAGCUAUCACGAGCAAAAUCGAGCCUCGUAUUAUUAUGACCUCUCCUGAAAAUGCCUCGUUGGCUAAAGAACUUGCGGAAGGAAAGCCUGUGGUAGAAGUGAGAGUUGAUCUGGAGGACAAGCUGUACAUCGAUGAAUGCCGACUACCCUGUGUGCAGCCUUCGGAUAUUGCCUAUAUAACCUUCACCUCAGGAAGCACUGGGACUCCUAAAGGAUCGAUGAUUAGCCAUAGCAAUGUGUGCAGUGGGAUCAAGCUUCAGGCAGCAGAACUGAAUUUCACGGAGUCAUCGCGAGUAUUGGAUCUCGCCCCCUAUUGUUUCGAUCUGGCCUGGACCAACAUGCUCAAUACGUUGUGUAUGGGAGGCUGUCUCUGUGUACCAAAAAUUCAAGACUGCCAGACUGAUCUUUCAGCUACGAUUGAGAAAUUCGAGGCAAACAUGAUGAACAUCACCAGCUCUGCCUUGCGUCUCGUACGACCAGAUACUACCGGGCUACAAACAAUUCUUUUAUCUGGUGAACCAGCGGACGAAGAUGUCGUGGCCAUAUGGGCGCCCCGUGUUAAGUUGUUCAAUACAUAUGGCUCGGCCGAGUGCCCUUCGAAAGGGGUAUUCACUGCGAUUUCAAUAUAUCAGAAAGGAAAGACUCCAAUUGGCAAAGGUCGAGCCACAAACACCUGGAUUGUCAAUCACCACAGCGGGAGCGGGCUGUGUGGCAUCGGUAUGAUUGGAGAGCUUUGGGUCGAGGGGCCGAUUGUUGGUCAAGGCUACUGGAUGGAUCCAGCGCAGACUGCCAAGGUGUUUGUGGAGGACCCUACGUGGGCUCUGGAAGGAAGCUCUGUGCAUCAGGGUCGUCAAUCUCGGUUCUACAAGACAGGGGACCUUGUUCAGUAUAAUGCGGAUGGGUCGCUGUUUUUUGUCGGACGGAAAGACCAAAUGGUCAAGAUCCGAGGACAGCGCGUUGAACUGGGAGAGGUUGAACAUUGCAUUCGUCAAUAUUUGCAAGCCACCGAGCUCAAUGCCCUAACGGAGGCUUUGUGUGAGUUGGUUCUUCCACUCUCUGAGAAAAGAGCACAGCGGCACCUGUUAGUGUCAUAUUUCGUCAUUGAUGAAGCUCCCAUUGACGUUCUUCGCCCGUUGAUAAGAGAUCUUCAUGCGCAUUUGACCAGGAAGUUGCCACCAUACAUGGUUCCCUCUCUAUACAUACCAAUGCCACGACUUCCUCGAACGGCAACGGGCAAAUUGGACCGCCGCAAGAUACGUGCAGAUGAUAACGCGCUGACCCUGCUUGAAUUGAGCGCGCGUGACCCGAGGCACAAGAACUCGAAACGGGAUCCAGAAACAGAGAUGGAAAACCUACUGAAAGAGUUAUGGUCCACAGUGCUUGAUAUUGAUCAAUUUGCCAUCAGUACACUGGACAGUUUCUUACUGCUGGGAGGAGAUUCCAUCGCAGCGAUUCAACUGGUUGGGGCUGCUCGUGAAAAGGGCUUCUCAGUAACAGUUGAGGACAUCUUCCGUUACCCAGAGCUUGAGAGAUUGGCCAGGCUUCUUGGACAUGCAGAGACCAUAUCGGAAGAAACUAUCCCACAGUUCUCCCUAUUGCCGAACGAUAUCGCGCUAGAAAAGAUGAUCCAAACAUGUGCAAGUAUCUGUGAUGUAGGUAUUGAGAUGGUCGAGGAUAUCCUUCCAUGUACACCGACUCAGGAAGCGUUCAUGGCCAUCACAUCACGAAGGGACGAUGUGGAUUCCUUAAUUACCUAUUCCUUUGUCCUUCCCGCUUCUCUAGAUCUGACCCGAUUUUCUCGGGCGUUGGAGGAGGUUGUUGAUAGCAAUCCAAUUCUGCGGACACGCAUAGUUGAUGCUCAAGGCUUGGGACUUUUGCAGGUCGUGGUCAAUGACCAAUCGAAGUUUUUAACCGCAGGAUGUGUCAGAAGUUCUCUCAAGGGGCAGAGAGCCCAAAAACGAGGGGGUUUUGGAGAACGAUUGAAUGAAUUCGACAUUAUUGUGGAGAAGAAGAAGACUUUCUUCAUCUGGGCUGUUCACCACGCCGUAUACGAUGCCUGGUCGCAAUCGCUGAUCCUUGAUCAAAUCGAGAGAUUAUAUCUGGGGCACAGUGAGAGGAAGCUCUGUUCAAUGAAGACGCCGCUGUAUUUUCAAAGAGGGUUGGAUGACCAGUCAGCCAAAAGGUUUUGGCAAGCUCAGUUGGAAAGAUGCGCCCGGCCUCCUUUUCCUCUCAAUACUGCCUCCCUUGGCUACCAUCCAACCUCCAGCCAUUCUCACCUCCAUCUUAUUCCACAUAUGUCCUGGUCAGAUUCUGGGUUUACGGUGGCGACAAUGAUUCGGGCAGCAUGGGCAAUGACGCUAUCUCGUUAUGUCGGUUCAGGUGACGUUGUAUUUGCAGCGACGGUGACUGGUCGCCAAGCUUCAGUCCCAGGCAUCGAGAAAGUGGCUGCCCCCACAGUGUGCACUGUACCUGUUCGGGUGGAAAUUAAUCCACUUGAUUCUAUCCAUGCUCUUCUGACAAAUGUGCAGCAGCAAGCAGUGGACAUGGCUUCAUAUGAGCACACUGGGCUACACAAAAUCAGUCGCAUGAUUGAUGACGUGGAUUUAUCCCAAGCAAUGGAGACUCUUUUGGUGAUUCAAGCGCAAGAUGCCCUAACAGGCGAUCUUUUCACGCCAUCGGCAUAUAGUGGCUCCACAGGUGGCAGUGAGCUGGCCGUUUUCAACACCUUUGCCAUUAUGCUGGAAACAAAACCUAGAGGGAAGGACGACUUAUCCCUUUGUUUUCGAUAUGAUGACAGCAUCAUUGCCCCCCAGCAAGUGACUCUCCUUGCUUCGCAGUUUGAGGCCAUUCUCUGCCAAUUCAGGAGCGCUAACCCGACUGACGUGAUAUCUCAGCUGAAUUUUACGAGUGAGAAUGACCAAAGUCUUAUCUGGAAGUGGAACUCGCAAGUUCUCAGUCCGAUAAAUCAGACUGUUCACAGUAUUGUUCACCAAGCUACUCGUCAUUUACCUCCGUCUACCGAGGCGAUUUGUGCUUGGGAUGGGAUGGUCACUUAUGGUGAGCUUCAACACUAUUCUGAUAAUCUGGCAAUGGCUCUCUCAUGUCGGCAAAUUGGACAAGGGGAUCAUGUCAUGAUUUGCUUAGAGAAGUCCAAGUGGAUGCCUGUGGCCAUGCUAGGUGUAAUGAAGGCUGGAGGGGUCGCUGUUGCACUUGACGUCACCCAACCAAUGGAGCGUCUUUCCACUAUUGCUCACCAAGUGAGACCUCUCUUGAUCCUUACUUCAUACGAGUCCAAGAAUAUUGCAACAAAUCUUCUGGAUCGAAAGCCAUUGAUCAUCUCAGAAAACACCAUGAGCAAUGAUUGUCCUGAUGGAGUUUGCCUGCCAGCUGUCCAGCCGUCCAAUGCGUUAUUUAUUGUCUUCACGUCUGGAACGACCGGCAUACCCAAAGGAGUCGUGAUUACCCAUUCAAACUUCUGCAGCGCAAUCAAGUACCACGCGAAGAUGUCUCGUCUGAACGAAAGUUCGCGUGUUUUUGACUUUGCUUCACAUGCUUUUGAUGGUGCGUGGGUCAAUGUCCUUCAAACUCUGCAUGCUGGGGGCUGUGUUUGUAUUCCUUCAGAGCAUGAGAGGCGUAAUGACCUAGGAGCUGCCAUCCGACGAACAGAGGCAAACUUCACAUACUUGCCUCCAUCCCUGCUACGAUUUCUGGACCCAUCCUGUGUCCCAACCCUGAAAACAGUUUUCAUGGUUGGAGAAGCUGUUCCAGAAGACCUGCGGGCAAAAUGGCGGAAAGCAUGCCAUGUCGGCGUUGCUUAUGGUCCAGCUGAAUGUACUGUGACUAGCACCAUGACAGAUUCGCUGAAUCCACCAGACAUUCAUCAUAGCAUAGGUGUCGGUGUAGGUGUCAAUACUUGGAUUGUUGAUCCUCUGCACCCGAUGACGUCGCUUGCACCAAUUGGCAGUGUGGGAGAGCUGUGGUUAGAAGGCCCCCUUGUAGGGCCUGGAUAUCUGAACAACCCGGCAGAAGAUGCAAAGGCUUUUGUACAAGAUCCUCAGUGGCUUCUCCAAGGAUAUGGCAGUCACCCUGGUCGAUCUGGAAGGCUUUAUAGGACAAGGGAUUUGGUGAGGUAUCACUGGGAUGGAUCUAUUCGAUUCGUUGGCAGACAAGAUACUCAGAUAAAAUUACGCGGUCAGCGUAUUGAGCUUGAAGAAGUUGAACAUCAUCUGAGAAAACAUUUGGAGCCCUUGUAUCGUGAUGCCAGACUAGCUGUCGAAGUUAUCGUCCCCGCUGGGACAACUACACAUACCCUUGUUGCAUUCGUCGAAACACCCGGGCCAAUGGCCGGAGUGGCUGAGUCUGUUGAUUCUUCUUGUGGCCUACUCGUCUCUUUGAACCAAGUGGGAGAGGAAUUGCGAAAAAUCAUCCCCGGAUACAUGAUACCGGCAGCAUAUAUUCCAGUCGAGACACUCCCAUUGAGCCCAAACGGCAAGUUGGAUCGGUUGAAAUUGAGGCAUAUGGGCACCCAAUUCAGUUGGAAAGACUUACAGAUGUUCACGGAGUCAGACAAUCAGCACGAAAAUUCUCGAAUCCAGCCACCUAGUAGCCCAGUGAUGGAAGAAUUGCAAAGAAUCUGGAGUGACGUUCUGAAUAUUCCCAAGCAAGAUGUAUCCAUGGCAGUUUCCUUCACCCGCCAGGGAGGCGAUUCAAUUACCGCAAUGCAAGUUGUCUCGCGCUGUAGGGUGCAAUCAAUUCAAAUGACCGUCAGCAAGCUUCUUAGUGGCAAAACUAUCGAACAGCUGGCGGCCAGCCGGGGGACGAAGGGUCAAGGCCCUCCCAGUAUGGAGCAGCAAGCAUCAGGUUCGCAUGCAUGGGCUUUAUCUCCAGUACAGCAGAUGUACUUUGAAAUGUAUCCAGAGGGUCUCAACCACUAUAAUCAGGCAUUCAUGUUGCGCCUCAGAAGAAAGAUCAAAGCUCAUGGGCUCCUUUUGGCCACCAAACAGAUUGUGGCUCGCCAUGGGAUGCUGCGAGCACGAUUCAGACAGCGUGAUGAUGGCUCUUGGGAACAGUAUAUCAAAGAUAUGACUGAAGAUGCUUUCAGGUUUACUACUCAGGUGGUGGCAAGUGAAGAAGAUCUCCGCUCACUGGCUAGCGAGGAGCAGAAGUUGAUGAACAUCCGCACAGGGCCUUUAUUUUCAGUUGUCUUAUUUUUAGUCACUAACACCAACGCCCAGUACGCUCUGUUCACCGCACACCACUUGGUGAUUGAUCUAGUAUCAUGGAGAGUUAUAUGGUAUGAUCUGGAGCAGUUACUACUGGGAAACCCAAUCAGCCCUGCAUCAAGUGUGUCAUUUCAGACAUGGUGCCAUCUUCAAGCUGAGCAGACCAAAUUUCUUCAUCCACGGGAUCUGCUACCCUUUGACCUCAAGGCCCCAGACUUGGGAUACUGGGGUCUCACAAUAGAGGAUAAUGUCCAAGACGGCUUCAUCGUGGAUCAAGUGGCAUUCCCUCAUGUAUUGACUACAAGUCUGUUCAAACAGAGCAAUCAUGCCUUCCAGAUUGCUCCAGUCGAUAUCAUUUUGGGAUCUUUACUGCAUUCCUUCCAGACUGCUUUUCACAACAGAUCGGUUCCAACUGUAUUUUUUGAAGGUCAUGGGCGAGAACCGCUACUGAGCAAUGAUGCUUCUGAAGCGGUCGACCUUAGUGGAACAGUAGGCUGGUUUACCACUGUUCAUCCACUGCAAGUAUCGAUGGAUGCGACCACCUCGUUAUUGGACGUCAUUCACCGUGUUCGGCUGGUCAGGGAUAGCGUUCUUUGCAGAGGACAGCCGUAUUUCUCAUCCAGCUAUGCAGGUUCGGGGGGGCAGAGAUGCUUCCAAGCUCACAAAGGUGUUGAAAUUCUUUUCAAUUACAUGGGUGCCUAUCAACAGCUAGAGGCUGUGGAAAGCGUGUUUGAACGAUACAAUUCUGAAGAGGUACCCAAUCAGGUGGCCUCGCAGACAAAGCGAGUCGGUGUCAUUGAAACAAGUGCUUGGGUGCAUCAAGGAGAGUUGUUUUUCAGAUUUGAGCGCCACAAGCGACUCAAGGGGAUGCAAGACCAAUUUGACCUUUGGAUUGAUACUUUUGCAGAAAGUCUCGAGUCCGCCAUUCGCCAGCUGCAAAACAGCAACAAAAUACUGUUUGGCAUUCAAUCACCAAGCUUGUUCAAUAUUGACCAAUUUCUCAUUGCGCAAGGGCUCACUGUCGAUGACAUAGAGGCUGUGCAUCCAUGCAGCGCUACUCAAAGACACAUGCUUGAAGCUCAAGCUGUACAGGGUCCCGGCAUUUAUGUGAUCUCUCUGCAGUUCAAAGUCAAUUUUUUUCCCGAUGAAGGCUCUUCUCAAGGAGCCCUACAGAGUGCGUGGGGCAUCAUUGUCGAUCGCUAUCAAUCCCUGCGUACGAUAUUUCUACGAGAAACGCCAUCAAUAGCAUCCCAGUUCAUUCUGAAGCCUGCGGCAUUCCAGAGACACAAAUCCAGUCAGAAUUGCCAAGUUUCCUCAGGUCAGCUUCCAGUGACACAUGAAGUUACCAUCGAGCCUACCAACUCCCAUCUGCUGGUCACACUCGAAGUCAAUCAUGCAGUCAUAGACAGGGUUUCUAUGAACCACAUCUUGGAUGACUGGCAGGCCGUGUACUCCAAGAUCUCACUUCCUCCUCUGUCUACCCAGUUCAACGAUGUCAUCCCCGAGAUUUUACAGCUUGAACGGUCUGAGAUGCCAUCGAUAUUCUGGCGCAAGACUUUAGAGGUGGCAAAAGGCCCCUUCACGCUCCCAAUUAACUCCAAGGUUCGGCAACAUUCCCAGAAUGCAUGCAGUAUAACGAGAAAUUUCUCUCGGUUGCGAGACAUCAAGUCGGUAGCACAAACCCAUAAUGCUACACCAACCUCUUUGCUCUAUGCUGCUCUUGCAAUCACGAUGUGCUCUCAACUUAAGCAAGACCACGCUGGGUUUACGACUGUAUCUAUGGGCCGCAGCCAGCUCCCCCCUGGUUCUCAGAAUUGCGUCGGCCCUUUCCUGACUCUCAUUCCUUGCAUUGUGGCUGAUGUAUCCAAGUCAAGCUCAGUUCACAUACUGCAAGCCACUCAUCAGCACAUGUCUAGUGCAUCAGAACAUGAGCGAGUCGAUAUCCAAGCACUCGAGAGAGAAGUGGGGGAGACUCCUAUUUUCAACAUUGUGGUUAAUUAUCGCAAAUUCUCAAAGCCUGAACCUAGGUCUUCCGCUCAAUUAUGCAAGUUCCAAACAUUGGCAUCUCGAGAUUUGUGGACUUUCGAUAUUGUGUUGGGCGUGGAGGAAAUCCACGACGAGCUGGUGAUUUGUCUACAAUGGUAUGAAGGACGUCUACAGCGUGAUGAGGCAGAACGAUGGCUGGCUGCCUUACAUGCUACAUUGGAUGAGUGUGUAGAGGAUCUCUGCUUGGUGGAUAGGCUCCGCCAGUAA